CCAAUCCCUUCAUUGCAUUCCCUUGCUUUCGCGUCUUGAUUUUCUAGGCCUCUCUGCACUUCCUCUUCUUCCUUUCCUUUCUCAUUCGCUUGUGCUGUCAGCCAUGGCUCUGGUGAAGCUCCUUGCCUUAGCAUUUCUCUUGGCGGUUCCAAUCUCUGCAACUGAUUACACAGUUGGAGACGCCUCUGGUUGGACUCUUGGUGUUGAUUACAACAACUGGGUUUCUGGAAAGACUUUCCAAGUUGGCGAUCGUCUCGUGUUCACCUACGGCUCAACUCACACAGUGGAUGAAGUGAAUCAGGCAAGCUACACCAGUUGCUCUUCCUCAAGCCCCAUCAGCUCCGCCAGCGAUGGGAACACCACCAUCACCCUUAACACCGCGGGGACUCACUACUUCAUCUGCGCCACCUCCGGCCACUGCCUACAGGGCAUGAAGGUCCAGAUUCCGGUGACUGGCUCCGCCGCAGGCUCGCCGUCCGGGUCGCCCUCAACUCCCAGUCCUCCCGGUGCCCAGUCAAUGGGUGUGUCUCUGACUUCAUACUCCAUGAGCUCUAUGGUGAUGGCAGUUUCAUCCGUGGUGGUUGUCGCGCUUGGUCUUGGAUGCUAGGAAAGUGGCAGUGCAAUUUUAUUCAUUCUUCUGCAUUUUCAAGUUCAAACAGAGAGAGAGAGAGAGAGAGAGAGAGAGAGAUGCUUAGGGGCAUAGGCCCUGAUCUCCCAUUUGAUGGGUUUCUGUUAUGUAUUCGUUUUGUUUAUGUGUGGGAUUAACUUCAAACUAUUUCGGGGCGUAUUUGGAUGUGGUUGUUAUAGAUUGAUCAAUAAAUUUAAUUAUAUGUAUAA